AUGGAAGUAGAAGAAUACAAAAAACUUCUAGAGCAGCAGUCACAACUGGUGGCCGUGAUGCAACAACAAAUGCUCAUGCUGCAAGAUCAAGUCAAAAAUGUCACAUCGGCGGAGGUUAAAAACCGCGUGUCCGUGCCCUGGCCGCAACCUUUAGAAGUAGAGGAUGGCGAUCCUUAUGAAAAUCUAAUAUUUUUCAAAAGCCGCUGGGAAGAUUAUGGCCUUGCUACCGGCAUGAACAGCUGGAGUGCAGAGAAAGAGGAAACAAAGGCAGGCCUCCUCCUCAGCGCAAUCGGAAGCAAGGCCAUGAAGAAGUAUAUGGAUUUUGGCUUAUCAGAGAAAGAGAAGAAGAGUCAAAAUGAAAUAUUAGCAAAAAUGGAGAAGGUCAUAUUUCAAAAAACGAAUGUAAUAUACUCAAGGUACUUGUUCAAUAUAAAAAACCAGAAUGAAGAAAGCUUUGACGAGUAUUUACUGGCUCUGAAGAAAUUGGCUAAAAGAUGCGAUUAUAAGCAAUUUGAAGAAGAGGUGUUAAGGGACAGAAUUGUCGUGGGAAUAAAGGAUGGUGAAGUUAUUAAAGAGUUAUUGAAAAGGCAAGACCUCACUUUAGAAGUAGCUAUAAACAUCUGUCGUGCCUCUGAAGGUGCUUCUGCUCAGGUGGCAGACUUAAAAAAAUCUGAACCAGUCAACAAGAUUGUCAAAAAGAACCAAAAGCCUGAAAGGGAUACACCUAAACUGUGUAAAUUUUGUGGCGGGGUUCAUGUGUACAAUAAAAAAGUAUGCCCAGCCUGGGGACAACGUUGUGAAGAAUGUGGAGGCCGAAACCAUUUUAAAAAGGUUUGUAAGAAGCGUGGAACAGUAAAAGAAUUACAAGAAGACUCUGAUGACAGUGUAAUCAUAGCGGAGGUGAGGCACAAUGAAGAGUCAGGUCAUGCAGAGGCACCACUGUUGUUCCAUAUUGGUGAGAAAAAACAGAAAAUAUACUGUACUUUGGACACAGGAGCUGCAGUUAGUGUGAUGGGAGCAGAAUAUUAUAAAAAGUUAACGGGUCAAAAAGAUUUAUUGGCAUUGACUCCAUCAGCAAAAAAACUGAAGGCUUUUAACGCCUCUCCCAUCAUUAACUAUGGAAGUGCAUCCUUCAUAGUCACCAGAAAGAAUGAGGAUUAUAAAUUAAACUUUCACAUUGUUAAUGUUAAACAUGAACCGCUUUUAUCAGAGAAAGCUUGUUUAGCUCUAGGCUUUAUUAAAUACUGUGAUGAAGUAUCAACAGAGUUGGAUCGUUCUAAAGCAGAGCAAAUAAUGAAGCAGUAUGAAGAUGUUUUUGAGGGUUAUGGCAGCCUCCCAGGUGAAGUGUCAUUAGAGCUUGACGAAUCAGUUCCUGCCCGGAUUCAGCCUGCACGUCGAGUCCCAGUCGCACUAAAAGAAAAAUUAAGAAUGGAACUGGAAGAACUAGAAGCUGGUGGUAUCAUAGCAAAGGAGACGCAGCACACAGAUUGGGUGGCUCCGUCUCCCGUUCGGGCUCUGUUCAUCACCUGAGAUCUUCCAGCAACAACUCACCAGUCUCCUAAAGGAUCUAAAAGGCAUUGAGAUUAUAGCCGAUGAUAUUUUGAUUUAUGGAGUUGGAGAGACAGUUGAAGAAGCCAUUUUAGAUCAUAAUAUUAAAUUUGAGAAAUUACUAAUAAGGUUAAGAGAAAUAAAUUGUAAGUUGAAUAAAGAAAAAGUCAAUCUGCUAAGAACAUCAGUGAAAUUUUAUGGACAUAUGUUAACCAAUGAAGGUCUAAAGGUAGACAAAUCUAAGGUAGAGGCUAUUAACAACAUGCCUACUCCAACAUCUAGUAAGGAUGUUUUACGUUUUCUGGGAAUGGUUGGAUACCUUAGCAGAUUCAUAAAUAAUCUCAGUAUUCAAGCUACGCAUCUUAGGAGGCUAACGAGAAAAGAUGUGGAUUUUGCUUGGUCUGAAGCCGAAGAUAAAGAGUUUAAUAUGAUAAAAAAGAAAGUUUGUGAUUUACCUACAUUACAAUAUUUUGAUGUAAAUAAAGAAGUGGUUUUAGAAUGUGAUGCUAGUGAAUAUGGCUUAGGUGCUGCUAUGUAUCAGAACAAUCGGGUAAUAGCUUUUGCAUCUAGAUGUUUGACAAAGACAGAAAAGAAAUAUGCUCAAAUAGAAAAAGAAAUGUUAGCAGUGGUGUUUGCCUGCAUCCGAUUUAAUCAAUAUGUAGCUGGCAAUAGUAAAAUUAUUGUCAAGACAGAUCACAGACCAUUAAUUAAUAUUGCAAAUAAACCUCUGAUUGAAGCUCCAAAGAGA